GUGCCUCCAAGAUACGCAGAGCAUGCACAUCUGGUCGAGACAUGCUGUCGCACGAGCAGGUUAACGAUGACGGAUCAUUCCAGUAUUUCAGUGUAUUCAAUUCCAUGACCCCCAUUGACCACAAGGGUAAGACUGAACCACCACACAAAUUACAACAGGCCCCCAGGAAUGCUAUUACCAAGUAACCAGACCAGAGCCAAACCAACAGCCAAUGCUAUAAAGCAUAUCCACGUCCCAUAAAUUCAAACUGCAGACAAUUUGACUCAGUUUCUGGUGACUUCACAGCCAUGACCUUCCUUGCCUUGGCGUCUCUAGUGCUGCUGGUCUACAGUACAGCAGUCUGUGCCUGUGAGGAGAAUGAUGUAGUAGUACUAACUACUGCUAGUCGGCUCAGGGAGGAGAUCAGGAGUGAGCUGAACCAAGCUGGAAACUUUCUGCUGACAAAGAUCUCCCAAUUGUUCACUCCUGGCAGCAAUUCAAAUUUCCCUGCUGCCUCCUGCAAGGAGAUCCUCCAGCUGGCCCCACAGUCUCCCUCGGGUCUCUACUGGCUCAGUGGAACCAACAACAGACCCAGACAAAUGAACUGUGACAUGGAGAGGAGCUGCAAAGGUGUAGCUGAGGGCUGGAUGAGGGUGGCCUCUAUCGACAUGACUGACACUAGCAGUACCUGUCCAUCUGGUCUGAGGACCCUCACCAGUCCUCGCAGACUGUGUGCUAGGAACAUUGAAGUUCGUGGAUGCUCUUCGGUUGUGCUGCCAGUACAGGGAGUAGAGUACUCUCAAGUGUGUGGCAAGAUCAUUGGAUACCAGGACAAAACUCCAGAUGGUUUUCACCAACGUAUUAUUGGCCAUAACACCAUUGAAUCAUACUAUGUUGAUGGGAUUAGCAUAACACACGGAGACAAUCCUCGCAAACACAUUUGGACAUUUGUUGCCGCGCUUCAUGAGGAUGACACUAUCCCCAAUAGCGUGUGUCCCUGCACCAACACACGAAACACCCCCCCACCUCCUGAUGUUCCUAGCUUUGUGGGAAAUGACUACUUCUGUGAUACUGGCAGCGAGAAUUUCUACAAGUACAUCUUCUAUGGAGACGAUCCUCUCUGGGAUGGUGCUGGAUGUGGUCCGAACAGCACCUGCUGUGACUGGAACUCUCCACCAUGGUUCAGGAAAGAGAUCUCUCCUCAAACCAGUAAUGACAUUGAGGUGAGGCUGUGUGUUGAUGAGGCCAGAACCAAUGAAGACAUUAACUUUGAGACUCUGGAGAUUUAUGUCCAGUGACUGAAUAGCUCACCGUAAUCCAGACUUUUGUAGCCAAUCAAUGACUACAAUUUAGUUAGUCGUAGAGUUGAAAAUUGUUGCUUAGCUCUGUGACAUGUACAUGUAGUGCUGGUACUAGUACGUACAUCUACAUCCUG